UUACACAUGGACAGCUGCAAUAUCUGACAGAGUGGGUUUGAAUAACCUUAAACACGCUGAUCCCGUUCUGCUAGGGAGCUGUGUUUGCUGUGGAAGUUAAUGGUUUAUUAGAGUCUAGUGUUAUGCUGCAUGAAUUUUAAACUAGUAGACGAGAUGGAAGAGUAAUAUCUCAGUUAGGAGGAGCCAUUUUCCAUGUGUGAUUAUGCUCUGUGAUGGGUUGGCACUCGGUCCAUGAUGACCCCCACCUUGUGUCCUGAGUUCCUUGGGAUAGACUCCAGGCUCCCAUGUGACCCAGUGCAGGAUAAAAGGGGACACCGCCCUGCCAUUAGCAUCAUGACAACUCAAAAGAAGCUUCUUUGGCAAUUUCUCAUGCUCCUCAUAUUUGCUGUAGAAGAAUGCAGACCAGUGUGCGUGGACGCAAUCUCAGACACAGAAGCAGUGCUGGGGAGCCCCAUGAAGCUCACCUGCAUCUUAUGUAUGAAGAGAGAGGAAAUCAGUGCUCAGACUAAGGUUUCCUGGUAUUACAGACCUGACCAAGAUGCCGUCCGUCAGAUGAUCUACAAAUAUGAUGGUAAGCCAAAGGAGGUAGAGGGGCCGUGGAAGGGUCGUCUGUUGUGGAAUGGCAGCAAAGACCUGCAGGACGUCUCCAUCAGCAUUUCCAAUGUCUCACUGAAUGACAGUGGCCUGUACGAGUGUGAGGUGCACCGCCAAUUUUCCUUCAACUCAUACAGCCCUUCCACAGAGAAGACCUUUGAGAUUGAACUGGUGGUGCGGGAGAAAGGGGUAAUGUACAGACUCUGCCUUGUAUACUAUUCUGUGGAUGCCUGCCUUGAGAUUGCUAAAUGCACAACAUCUGACACUUCGAAUAUACUUUACACAAUGUAUAUUUGUUUCUAUUGACUCAUGCCACCACAGUUGCAUUAUCUCUAUCUGUGUCUUGAUCACAGGUUUUUAAACACAGAUAGAAAUCCACAAUGUUGUAUUUAAGUGGUGGAUUGUUUGUAUUUUGUACACUAGUUAAUAACAUAUCAUACACACUGUACAACUCUACGAAGCUUUCACAUUUCAUGCAUGCCAUGUCAUUUCAUGCAGUGCACAAGCCAAGAUGGCCAUCACAUAUAAGUCUAAAAAAGGAUGACAGUAUAUUAUAUUAAAUAAGUAAAUAUUGAUUAGCUAUUGGUCAAUAUCGCAAGUGUUUUCUUUUCCAGAUGCACUGCACUGCUUGUGAUACAUCAUUAAACCAACAGUUCUCAACUUUUUGUCUCCAAGCUAAACUUCUACUGUCUGAUUAAUGUAAUUCGAUAUAUAAAUUUUGUUUGAUGUCUGUUGCACAUCUUUGCUGUUCUGCUGAAGACAAUAAAGCUGAGAAGUCUGGUGUCAUAUUAUUCCACUCUCUGCACCUAAUUCUUGCUCAUUCUGACUGAGAUGAAUUUGUCAUAUCAUGAAUCUCUGUGUUUCAAAGAGAUUUUCUACAGCAUUUGAGCAUGGAUUGUGUGCAUGUGAAUCACAAUAUGUAUUAGUGUACAUCCUGAGUUAAAGCCAACACAAUAUAGAAACAAGCUAAUGUUACCUGUGAUUGCAUCUUCCCAACUAAACAACUGCUAUCGCUUAAAAUCAAUUGACAGAAAAAAAUUUGCAAUAGUAUGAUUCCUUGACAAUGUUUGCUCACUUCUACAUAUACCAUACAUAGAUAUGUAUAAGUCUUUAACAUUAUAUUGUGCAUGCCAUUUAAUUAAUACAUUUUGUUCAAAUUAUAAUGGACAUGUAGUAUAAAAGAAAAUGUUCAGUUCAAUGAAAUUUAUCAAAUAAGUUCAAUUAAAUUCAAUUAAAGUUAGUUCCUCAUAUUAAAUGAAUAACUUCUGAUCAUUUCUUUUUACUCAAAUUGGUAUUCAACCAUCUGCCUUAAGUAUUAAAGUAGCUCUUACAGGCUUAUUUGUCUUUCUUCAAGGCAUUAAAUGAGGAAUACACCAUGACAGAGUGUGCAGUUAUAGGUAAAUAAUCAAUGAUGGGGUGGUAUGAUGUGGCCAGAUGUAAAGCAGAGUUGUUGUUACCACCCUGAAGUUGAUUAUUUUCGAAUGACAGCAUUUACAAAGUGUUUAAUUCUUCUUAUACUAAACCAAUUUCCUCGUCAUACAUUUUAUACAUAAAUAGUUACCAUACAUUUAAUGUUGAGGCUUGUCCACGAAACAAGUUAGUUCUUGUUAUCAUGUAAAUAGUCGUUCCCUCACUUCCUUCCCUCUUUUUAAAGUUGAAGACAAAAAUUCAUGCAACACACUACCUAAAGGAAGUAUGGAACCCUAAGUGGCCAUGCAUUAUUAUUUUUUUCUUUCUUGUUUUUUCAUGAUCUUGACUUAAUUUUCUCGUGAUCUCGAGAUAACAAAAAUUGUUUUCUUGUGGUCUCGACUUUUUUUUUUCUGUGUCCUCGACAUCGUCCCGGAGUCAGUGGGGUUUUUGAAUGGGUUUUUGGUUAAAUGCCUGAAAUAAGGUCUGUGGUUAACACAAUCUCAUGAAAUGUUCAUGUUUUAUACUACGACAUAAAAUAUAUCAUUAAUACUCCACUUGUGAUUUUGUUAAGCUUUUACGUGUCUUGAAAAAGACAGUUGCUACCAAGUGGGUAAAUGGGACUACAGAGGUUGUCGGGGACAUUAAACAUCAUAACAACAGGAAAUGUCAUAUACUACAGCAUUGUUGUGUUUGUACUCACACUCUUGCAAACUAUUCCAACUCAAACUUGUAGAUUUAUCAGUUUAUAGUAUUUUGCAAUUGUAGUGUUUUUAAAAGUAAAGAUUGAAAGAGUUGUCAGAAGCUUAGUGGUGGUGACGUUGAAGUCAUGCAACAUUAACUUUUUACUUCUUUGAUAGUAUUUAGGCCUCAAAAUUCAUAAAGUUUUGUUCUUUUGUGAAGAUUAUCUUGAUUAGCAUCACAUGUAAGAAUCAUAAACAUUUGUUGGUCACAAAGCUUAUUUUCUGCAAUAAUCCAAAUGCCAGUGGAAAAAUCCUAUUGGCUUUUUGUCAACAGAACCAGGGUGAUGCAAACUUCUGGGGUGGCCUACAAAAAUAUUCCACCCCUGCAGGAUUGACGACUUCCACAUUAGUGUCCGACACUUGAGAGGGGGCACCCCUCUCUCAAUGCGGAGAUAAAGUGCAUCUGUACAACGGGGAGUUAUUAAAUUUAUGAUGGCGAAGAUGCCAAUAUACAUGUUCUAUUCACAAGGCGAGAGAUUUUCUCUGGAUUAAAUUACGUCAUGAGAAAACUUUUGGUUAUGUCAAGACCAUGAAAAAAAUAAGUUCACAAGAAAACAACUUUUUCUUAUAUCGAGAUCAUGAGAAAAUUAAGCUGUGAUCUCGAGAAAACAACAAAGAAAAAAAUUUGUAAUGCAUGGCCGUUUAGGGCUUCGGUAAAGAAUGGAUGGCAAACAUGCCACUCUUUAAUUGAACCCUAUAUCUUAUAAUCAGCUAUCCAAUCACUGUAUUAUUAAGUCACUAAUCUGGUAUUAAUUUAUGUUGUGUGCA